UUAUUUGUCUCGCGUUAGGUUGAAGGAAAAAAAAGAGGAAGGAGUGUUGUUCGGCUGCGGAAAUGUCGAUGUACACGACGGUGAAAGUGCACCCGGUGGUGUUUUUCCAAAUCGUGGACACGUACGAGCGACGUCCGGAGAAUGCGCAGCGAGUGAUCGGGACGCUGCUCGGCACCGCCGUGGAGCGGGGCGCCGUCGAGGUGACCAAUUGCUUCUGCGUCCCGCACAGCGAGACCGGCGAAGAGGUGGCCCUGGAGCUGGACUUUGCCAAGGACUUGUACGACUUGCACCAGAAGGUGAACCCGAACGAGGUGAUCGUGGGCUGGUUCGCGACCGGGCCUGAAAUCACCGACCUGGACGUGCUGAUCCACGAGUACUACUCGCGCGAGUGCGCCAACCCCGUCCACGUGACGGUGGACACGACCCUGUCCGCGGACCAGAUGGACGCCAAGGCGUUUGUGAGUGUGCCCAUGGGCGUUCCAGGUCGCACGGCCGGCACCAUGUUCGCCCCCGUGCCGUUGGAGAUUGUCAGUUCCGAGGGCGAGCGAGUCGGGCUCGAAGUCUGCUCCAGGACCAAGAUCGCGCCCAACACCAUGGUCAAGGUGUCCGGAGAUUUAGACGAAGUUGUAAGUCAAGUGAGCAACCUGGAAGUGCUGCUGCAAACCGUGAUCCGGUACGUGGACGGAGUGGUAUCGGGUACGAUCCCGAACCCGGACAAUGCCAUCGGUCGUAGGUUCUUGUCCCUGGUCAACGGCGUUCCGAAGAUGACCCCCGGAGAAUUCGAGGAGCUUCUCAAUAACAACGUCAAGGACUUGCUGAUGGUCAUUUACUUGGCCCAACUGACCAAGACCCAACUCAGCAUCAGCGAGAAACUCACCACACUUACCAUUGGAGGCCCUGCAGGCAACUGAAGCAGUUGUCGAUUUCCACUUGCCGGCUGCGUGGUGUGUCGCCGGGGGACGUGUUAAUAAAUAAAACAAAAUUAUACCCGGUUUCUUUGAGGGUCGGA